CGCCAAGGUGCAUCGCAACAGGAAAUUGGCAAAAGCACAGUAAGACUUUUCAGUGCAUCCGACUGUCAUGUUCUCCUUUCGUCUUUGUUUUGAGGCGACCCAUCAGCAGCCAUGUCCAUCAUCGUGCCCUUCGAUUACGGCGAUUAUACGGACAUACUGAACGACUCGCGGCCCAACGUUUCGGUGUUCGUGGUGGAUCCGGACACGCUUUCGUGCGAAGCUCGUCCGCUGGGCCGGGGGUCGGCGGCGGCACUCAGCGCGCUCCUGGCCGUCAUCUUCCUGCUGGCCGUCCCCGGGAACCUCCUGGUGGCGCUGGUGAUCGCGCGGGGCCGGCGCUCGUUGACGCCGUCCGACGUGUACCUGUUCCACCUGACGGUGGCGGACGGCCUCAUGGCGCUGACCGUCCCCUUCUGGGCGGCGGCGCUGACCCGCGGCUGGAUCUUCGGCGACUUCAUGUGCAAAGCGCUCAGCCUGAUCUUCGAGGCCAACUUCUACACCAGCGUGCUGUUCCUGGCGUGCAUUAGCGUCGACCGCUACAUGGCCAUCGUGCACGCCAACCGAGUGCCGGGGCGCGCGCCCAAGCGGUGCAGCCGGCUGGUGUGCGGCGGCGUGUGGGCCCUGGGCACCGCCCUGGCGCUGCCGACGCUCUUCAACGACGCGCUGCGGCCCGAUCCCGACUCGGACAGGAGGACGUGCGCCGAAAGCUUCGACGUGGGCAGCGCCCCCGUGUGGAGAGUGGCCACGCGCGCCCUGCGCCACCUUUUGGGCUUCCUGCUCCCGCUGGCGGUCAUGCUGGCGUGCUACGGCGUGACGGUGGCCCGGCUGCUGCGCACGCGCGGCUUCCACAAGCACCGCGCCAUGCGGGUCAUCACGGCCGUGGUGGCGGCCUUCCUGCUGUGCUGGAUGCCGUACCACCUGGCCAUGAUGGCCGACACGCUGGUGAGGGCCGACCUGGUCGUCUUCGACUGCGAAGCGCGGCGUUCGAUCAGCGCGGCGCUGGUCCUCACAAACGGCCUGGCGCUGCUGCACAGCGGCAUCAACCCGCUGCUCUACGCCUUCGUGGGGGAGAAGUUCCGCAGAAACGCCAAAGCGCUUCUUUGCAGGAAGGCCCGACAGGAGCGCGCGUCGGGCUCCAAGUUCAGCAGGUCCACGUCGCAGACGUCCGACGGACAGGGCGCCGUCGCGUGAUAGACUCCGCCCCCUCCGCUUACCUGCCUAAGACAGAUUUUUUUUUUUUUUUUGUCCAAAUGAAACUCAGACAGAAGCCAUGUAGAGUAAAUGAACGCAAGAUUCAGUAGAAUAAAAGUUUGAAAAAGACA